UUGGUUUGAGUAUUACUUUAUAAUGUCGACUUCCUGUAAAAUUGAAAACACAAAAAACCGGCGGCAUGGCUGAUGUGUUAGAUUUACAAGAGGGUGGGGAUGAAUUUGAAGUAGAUGAAGAGGGAGAUCAGGGUUUAUUGAAGUUAAAAGAGAAGGCUAAAAAGAGGAAAGGAAGAGGCUUUGGAGCAGAUGGAUCAACACGCAGUGGUGUAGAAGACUAUGAAGCCAUGGAUGUGGAUGAGGAGGGGGGACCUGGACCUCAGAGAUCUGUUGAAGGAUGGAUCCUGUUUGUGACCGGUGUACAUGAAGAGGCACAGGAGGAUGACGUUCAUGAUAAAUUUGCAGAUUAUGGCACGAUAAAAAACCUUCACCUUAAUCUGGACAGACGUACAGGUUUUCUCAAGGGUUAUGCAUUAGUGGAGUAUGAAACUUUCAAAGAAGCACAGGCAGCAAUGGAUGCAUUAAAUGGAUCAGAAAUCCUAGGCCAGAAAAUCAAUGUGGACUGGUGUUUUGUGCGGGGCCCAAGGAAAGGAAGGGGAAGAAAAGAUGGGAGGAGGCGGUGAAAUUGAAUUUAGCAGAUUAUUUUUCAUAUGAACUUUAUUUUUAUCAUUUUGUGAGGACUUGGACGCAGUGUUUUUUUUCUGUCUUACAAAUAGGAAAUCAUCAUGUUUUGUACCUUUGUGUUUGUUUUAAAUAGAAUCAAUAAAGAACAAUUAUUUGAUGG